AAAAAAAGGAGAGAAAAAAAAAGAAAUUUCCAUCAUUAUUUAUAGGUGAUCUUUUAAUUAUGUUGAUUGACAGCUUUGCGACCAUAGCCUAUGCCAAUUUGAAAAUUGUGAUUGGAGCAUUGUUUGACUCUUGCAAGUCCCUUGAGGGGCACUGUUGUUUUUUGCUUUGCUGGCCGUAUCUGGUUGCUUCAUAAUGUGUAAUAACGAAAACGUGUUCAACAAUCUAGAUCAACAAUGUCAAGAAUCUUGCCUGUGUUGUUGUGACCAUGGAUUCAGCUUCGGUCAUUUGUUGUGCGAUGAUUGCCGUGUGUGCGACGCCCCACAUUUUUCGUAUGAUUGUGCCAGAUGCAUAGAUGGUUGUGCUGGUACAAAUGGGGAAUGUUGUUGCCUGCAACGUGAUGGUGAAUCUGGGUUGCCUUGUUUAAUUGUAACAGCUUUCGUUAUGCUGCUACUGUUUGCUGUAUUUGGUAUAUUCUUCAGCGUGUUGGUGGCCACAAUGGUUGGACAAAGGAUUUGGCAACGGCAUCACCACAUACUUACAAAAAGAAUGCUAACAAAAGAAUAUGUUGUGGAGCAUGUCAAUGAUGCGACUAGAUCUGAUUGGUGUCCACCGUCUCUCCCCACCGAACAUUAUGAGCAGCUGAGAGCUCUUCGACUUCUAUGAGAUGGGAAAAACCUGAAUAAAUACUGAUUGGUGUCCACCGUCUCUCCCCACCGAACAUUAUGAGCAGCUCAGAACUCGUCAACUUCUAUGAGAUGGGAAAACCUGAAUAAAUACUUUCUUUACUUCGUCGUGCUAAUAGUUGAUUAUUGCUUAACAAUCUAACAGAGAUGGAUCGAUGACUCUUGUAGAAGUUUGACCAUAGGCUCGAAGUCUAUACUACUAUCUUCAACUUACAGGCAUAUUCUUCGUCUUGGAUUGACGAAGUCUUCAUUGUUAGGCAGGUCAUUCCAGGAAUAUAGAGCACACUUCAAACUCCUCACCGUGCAUCAGGUUCCUAUGUGUGUGAGAUGCAAUUUGAGGUUUAAUUUCUUUUGGUUCGAGCAUCAUUUUGAACUUUUGAAUA